GGGAAGGAGUUCUAUUGGAAGGCGGGCUGCGCGUGAAGAGAACAAUCGGGUCGACUUUGCCAGGGAGCCACCUCAAUGCGUAUCGGGUUGCCUUGAGUGACAGCGUAACCAUGGCAAAUAAUUUGACUAAGGCUAUUGUCUUAUCCUCGCCAUCCACGGGUCAGAUAACCGACCAAUCAGAGUUCAUAUGAUCACUUGUCUUGCCAGCUUAGAAUAAUAUUAUUAAAACGAGCCAGCAAGCCUGGUCUGCGGGAGUAGUUUAUGUUGAAACGCUAUAGUAAAGCUGAAGGAGGACGGUGAAGGAGAGGCAACUUUCACUCUGAGUCUUUCGCAGUAACUUUAUGAGGAAUUGUUUUGCAUGGCUGCAAGGGCUUGAACGCCUUCAGUUGCGCGCAGUUGGAUAUUGCCAAAUUGUUCUCCAAGGGUCAGCCUGCUCUUUUGGGGACUUUUACACUGUUAUGGACUUCAUGUGCCUUGACUUAACGAAAGACUGAGAGGACAGACGGGAGUAAGGCACGCUCUGUCUUGGUUUACGUUGUCGCCAUGUCAAUGCUUCCGACCUUUGGUUUUACGCAGGAACAAGUGGCGUGUGUCUGCGAAGUCCUCCAACAAGGGGGCAACAUCGAGCGGCUGGGACGCUUCCUCUGGUCGCUCCCGGCGUGCGAGCACCUCCACAAAAAUGAGAGCGUCCUCAAGGCAAAAGCCGUUGUCGCGUUCCACCGGGGCAACUUCCGAGAGCUGUACAAGAUCCUGGAGAGCCACCAGUUUUCCCCGCACAACCACCCGAAGCUGCAGCAGCUGUGGCUCAAAGCGCACUACAUCGAGGCGGAAAAGCUAAGGGGCCGCCCGCUGGGCGCAGUUGGGAAGUACCGCGUCCGGAGAAAGUUCCCUCUUCCCCGCUCCAUCUGGGACGGAGAGGAGACCAGCUACUGCUUCAAGGAAAAGAGCAGGAGCGUCCUUCGCGAGUGGUACACCCACAACCCCUAUCCAUCCCCACGGGAGAAAAGAGAGCUGGCCGAGGCCACGGGACUCACGACCACGCAGGUCAGCAACUGGUUCAAAAACCGACGGCAGCGGGAUCGAGCCGCCGAGGCUAAGGAAAGAGAAAACAACGAAAACUCCAACAGCAACAGUCACAACCCACUGACUUCUUCUAUGAAUGGAAAUAAAACUCUUUUGGGGAGCUCGGAUGACGAAAAAACUCCAUCUGGAACUCCGGAUCACACAUCUCAGAGCCCAGCUCUGCUCCUGGGCUCAAACACCGGUUUACAGUCACUACACGGCCUCGCUCCACCGCCGGGACCCAGUGCAAUCCCUGUGCCCGGCGGUGCAGACUCGAUGCACCAUCACCACUCAUUACACCACGAAACCAUACUGAACCCUAUGUCUUCAAAUCUAGUGGACCUCGGCUCUUAAAAAAUAAAAUAAAUGAAGAGAAUUAGGACAAAAGCAGUUUUUUAAGGGGAGUGAUUUACGAGGUGGCGUGAAGCUCAUGCGUCAAUCUGCAAGGACUGGAACACUGCGAGAACAGCCACCGUAACAAAUCAUUAAGUCUCAUAUUCUACCUUUAAAAACUGUUUUUCAUCAAGCGAGGGGAAGAAAAUCCUGCCAGUAGCCACGUGAUUGUCUUAUCCUCCAAACAGACUUCUCGGAGGGUUUUUCUUCAAACACAAAAAAGUCUGGAGCACUUCUGUGAACAAAAAUACUCUCCUUAACCUGGCUGUUUCAAUUCAGGACAUUUGAAGAAGAAAAGGGGAAAAAAGUAAUUUCUUCACAAAGAAAUAUAGAGAGUUCUGAAUGUAAUAAUAUGAUAUAUUGUUGAAAACAAUAAAGUUUGUUAUCUAUUACCGUUGUGAGUCUAGGAGUGUGGACAAAGGCCGUGUGACUUUUAACUCCGCCUUUACGUUCACAAUGAUUUUUUUUUCCUUUUUGCAGAGACACAUAUGCAUUCAUUUUUGUUUAAUUCAUUUCAUUUAUAAUUUUUCUAAAGUUCUUGUUGCAGAGGAUGUUGGGCUUUCAGGGCUGUCAUGUUUAUUUUUGUUUUUUUUUGACACUUUUAAGAGUCUCGUGAGACCCUUGGAGAACUGAAAAAAAUUAUCUUCUUAUUAUUCUUAUGUACAUUUUUUCCUUCGGAGAGAGAAGGCAUGUAAGUCUCAUAAAACCAUAAAGCGAUUCAUAUAGUUUGAUAUAACUUUACAAUAAAAGAACCAAAAUCUGUUUUA